AGUAUUGUAACUAUUUAAAAGUGCCUGAGAAACGGCCUAUUUGAAAUAAAACUUUUUGAUUUUGAGAUGAGACUUGGCUAAAUGAAGACACAGUGCUCCUAAUAUUUCUAACCAGUUUUUUAUUCACAGAGCAAUGUGACCAGUGAAUAACAAUACAUACGAGUAAGAUAUAUCUAAAAAAGAGGUAUAAAUAUUGCAUAAGAUUGUUUUGUGAAGAUUGUAUUUAAACUAAAUAAUCUUUUAUCAUGCGUACAGUAUACAGUUACACAAAAAGGUAAGAUAUGGCAAGACACAACCAUUCAAUCCUCAAGAGAAGCACACCGGGAAGGUCUAUCCACUGGUUUAAAGAACCCAACGAGAAAAGGGAGACGGCUUAUCAUUGGUCAUAUUGGUAUGUACUUGAUUAACAAGCAUUUGUUUUUAAUGUCACCACCAUUAAUAACACCCCAUCGACAUUGAAUGUUGAUUAAUUGUUGAUGCCUGUCCAUAGAGAACGCAUGUUAAGACUGUAUCACAACUUUAUCUACCACUGGACUGUAAUAUGCUGAAUAUAACCCAUAUAAGGACAGUCAUGGUGCAAUCAUUGACUCACUUGCUACUUAAUUUAUAGUACAUACAACCUAUUUCCAGCAGUAAAAUAGGAGCUACUAUGCCUUCAGAAAAGUGAUAUGUAUAUGAUCUUGUAUUUAUUUCACAGGAUCAACUGAAGGUUUUGUAGCUAACGCUGCUUUAAUAUUUGAAGCGAAGAAAGGUGAUGGUGAUUACCACUCUGAAAUGGACUCAUUCAACUGAAGUGGUUUAAAUUAAUUUUGACUAAAAUUGAGAGUGGCGCUGUAAUUGUAAUGGACGAUGCGCCAUACCAUUCCAGAAAACUGGAGAAGCUGCCUACUACAGCCACACGGAAAGCAGACAUACAUGAUUGGUGAAAAAGUAAAAAUAUUCCAUUUGGGGAAAAAGACCUUAGGGCAACUUUAUUAGAAAAAGUUAAAAAACAAAAACAUUUAUACCAAGAGUAUGUAGUGGAAUGCUAGGGAGAAAGGGAUUUCAGUUUUGCGCCUCCCGCCCCACCACUGUGAGUUCAAUCCCAUAGAAUUGAUAUGGGCUCAAAUGAAGGGGUAUGAAGUGAGACAUUUACUUACCCAAGCCCUAGAAAAUAUUACGCCAGAAGGAUGGCAAUCAUACGUUGCUCACAAUUAGAGAAGAGGAAAGGUUUUGCCAGCUCGAGGGUAUAGAGUGGGAGGCGAGGCUUUGUCAAGGCCGAGUGUCUAGUUAGCUCGAACGGGUAGUAUGGUGUGUAUUAAGCUGCAUUUAGACGUUGUUGAGCGUUCAAGCGCAAUAAGGGUAUGCCUCCGACCCAGCCUUAUAAAGAUGAUGAUGAAUUUGAACAUUCUACAACAAGAGCCUCUUAUUUAAAACGACGGUCAGGAAAAAAGAACUGAUAUGUAUAUUUGAUAGGAAUCUAUUUUUUUUUUACUUUACAGCUCAGAGUUCGUAUCAAAUUCGUAGAUUAGUUUUAAAUACAUACAUUUACCUAAUUGCAUUUCAUGUAAACAGAAGGAGAGGGAUAAAAGACUAGAAAUUAUUUCGUUUAUGUAAUUGAUAUCUAAACAUAAUUAUUUUUAUAGCAGUUUAAGUCGUGAGAAUAAUUCGCCUUUUCGCAUUAAAAGUCUACAAUUUCCAAAAAUAUUCAAAAUCGAGUUAAUCGGCGGGAACAUCUGGUAUCACCAGUAUUUUUCUCUUAAACGAAUAGAAAAAGAGAACGAUAAAAUAGAGGCCCAAAGUAUAGUGGUCUCGAACCUACCGAUUUUUCGGUAUUUCUACCGAUAUGGGCUUCUUUCUACCGAAAUAUAACGAUUUUUCUACGAUUUCACAGUAUACAUGGAAAUUCUCCUGAUUUUUCUACCGAUUUUACACUUUUAAGUUGGCAACCCUUUUCAUUUAUGUUUAAUGUAACGGGGAAUCCCUCAAGUAUGGACCUAGUGCAGAAUGUAGUUCAUAUAUUUUGGGGAAUACCCUUGACACCCUUGUGUCCUACAAUUCGAUGUUAUAAGGGGCUUCCCGCUUGGGAAUUUACCUGUCUAGUAUAUAUAAACAGGAAUUCGGUUUUAUUUUUUCAUUAAUUUUCUUACCUUUGAAGAGUGAGUACCUAACCGAAAGAGUCCCUACAAAAUCAGAUAAUUAAGUUAAAAUGUCGUCUGACGCGGAGCCAAGCACAAGUGCGAGUGUAAGAAGAAAGAAAAAAAUACUACAAUAUUAUAGAAAAUAAUGGGAAGAAGAAUUUCCAGGUUGGCUGCAAGAUAGUUGUAAAGGCGAAAGCUAUGCCCAUUGUAAAAGUUGUGAUAAAGAUAUCAACAUCACAUCAGGAAAAGACGCUAUAAAGAAACAUAAUUCUUCACAAGCACACUCAGUAUCAUCAAAGAAUAUAAAAUCACAACCGAAGAUAUCAUCAUUUACUGUGACCAAAACUCAAAAAUCUGAUAUACUGGUUAAGCAAGGUGAAAUAAGAUUACCCUCGUUUGUUGCUGAACACAAUCUACCAUUCACUAUUAUGGAGCACCUACCGCAGUUGAGAUGUUAUGUGAUAUUACAAAUAAACCCGAAAACCAGCGCUAUGGCAAUGCCAAGGACUUUUUUGAAAGCGAGGCCACUCAUCCUCAUAAAUAUUCUAGCCGUAAAAGAGACCAAGUUGACUACAAUGUUUCACCCGUACAUUCUGGUGAAAUCAGUCCAGAUAUCAGCGACAAUGACGAUCCCACCUAUGAUAGUCAAGUAAAAAGAAAGAAAAUAGAACCAGUACAUCCUUCAUCACGUCGGCAUCUAGCUCCAGCAGCUCUUCAUACACCAGUGGUUUCUUAGGUUUACGCGAAUAUUAGACAUUGAAAUGAAACUACUUUUACGGAUUUUAUCGCGGUUUAA